GAUGGGUGGAUAGUCAAAGGGUUUCGAUCAGUUUCGUGGCAUUCGUACUUAUCCAUGAAAAGGGCGCCUUUUUAUACGAAACGUUUCACACCUUCGGCCACCCUCGAUCGCCACGACGCAGCGCCUCUUCGUUGCGGUGCCCGUGUCCGCCACCGGGCCUCGCCGGAAACCCUCGUCGUUGGAUGCCCGAUGAUGGCCUCCGCUUGCGUCAACAACGCUGCGCUGGCGCCAGACUCCCCCUUCCUCGAUUUCGCCCCGGCGUGCCCUGGCUACGGCUGGCUCAGUCCCAGGAUCUCCUUCAGUCGCGACCUCGCCGACGGCGGCGCCGCCCCUUCGGGCCUCGAUGUUGGGGACUCUGAUCUCGGUGCCCUGGUCUCGUCCGCCGCUGUUGUGACGGAGAGGCCCGAUCCGAAUGAGCCGGGCGUGGAUCUCCCCGACUUCGAGUUCCGUCCCGACGAUCCCGUCACCAUGCUGCCCGCCGAUGAGCUUUUCUCCGAUGGCAAAUUGGUUCCGCUUCAGAUCGCGGCAAAGCGGCACCAAGCGGAGCCGGCCGACGGGAUACGAUCGCCCGAGGCGGAGAGGCCUCGUCGGGUGGCGGAGGUCCUCGGAUUGGAGUCCUGCGCGCAGUCGCCCAAGGCGCCGAGGUGCUCGAGCCGUUGGAGAGAGCUACUUGGCUUCAAGACGCAGCAAAACCCUAAGCCGGAGGCCCAAAAGGCGGCGACGCUUACUUCCAAGAGUGUGAACCACAAUACCAGAUCGCUCCGCCAUCUCCUCCACCGCCUGUCGAAGCACUCCGCCGCGGACGCCUCCCUCGCCAUCCCGCUCCUCCGAGAGUCGGACUUGGAGCCGGUGUCCAUCUCCUCUCGCCGUUCCCUCUCUUCCUCGUCCUCCUCCUCGGGCGCCGAUCACGACGAGCUUCCACGGCUCUCACUUGACGCGGAGAAGCCGGCCCAACGGUCGAUCUCGCUCAGUCGGGUUCCACACCGGGCGCGGCUCGCCCGGCCUAGGGUCGCCACUGCGGAAGGUCACCAGGCGGCGAGGACUGGGCGGAGCCCGCCCCGGCGUGGGGCGGAGCUGGCGCCGCCGAGGGGGGCGUCGGUGGACAGCCCGCGGAUGAACGCAUCGGGGAAGGUGGUGUUCCAGGGGCUGGAGCGGAGUUCGAGCAGUCCGGGCAGCUUCCACGGCCGAAGCACCUGGCACCACCACCAUCAGCACCGGGGGAAGCCGUAUCGGGCGAUCGAGCGAUCGUACUCGGCCAACGUCCGUGUCGCCCCGGUCCUCAACGUGCUCCCGGUCGGCUCGCUUCGGAUCUGCACGUCCAAACCCGGGUCGGUCUUCGGCUUGGCCCAGCUCUUCUCCCCCCACAAGAAAGAUAGGGACGCCUCUACCGCGAGGUGGAAUCUCCACAGCGGCGGCAACAGAAGCAAGAUUAUCGACAAGGAAAAGGCCCGAAGAGAAUCAACUUGAGAUCAUUUUGCUGUCCGUUUCGUGAUUGUCCAAUCUCACCUGCCCCCUCCUCUGCGGUUUGAGCACAGACGGGGCCCGACAUGGCCCGGUCCCUGAUCUCCAAUCACAUGCCACCGCUCUCGCUGCUGCCGGCGUCCUUCUUGCGACUGCAGCGCGACUGCUUCCAUGUGAUGCUGCUCCACGUUCCAUUGUGCUGUGUGGUGUCCAUUCCCCUCGUUUUCCACCACAUCUCGCCUCCCCCUCCGACUGCUCUGAUCCCAAACUCCAAGAAACCUCAUCCAAUGGACGGAUUGGGCGAACAAGCAGUGGCGUGCAACUGCUUCUGGACCGAGUCAAAAUGGAUUGAAUCGAUGGUAUGGUGGGUCUCCUUGGGAUUUGUAGCGAGUGCUUUUGCGGUGCACCUGAAAAGCAGGCUUUUCAGAGACCUGCGCUUGCUUCUGUGCCCAAAGAUUCCCUCGUCAACCAUUUUGAUUUCCUAAAACUAAGAUAAUGUUUUUUUUUCGAUGUUCAUAAAACAAUCGUUAAAAAGGAGUUAAUUUGAAUGUUUCUGCAAAUAUACAACAUAUAUUUUUCUUUUUAUUGCAAAAUAACUGUCCACAUGUUAUAUUGGAUUCAUUCUCUCCAAAC